UCCAACAAACACCGCAACUCGUAGGCUAGUAGACAUAAUUGGAUAUGAAGAAUUCCUACCAUGGAUGUAUUAUAAGGGAGUCUUUAUUCCUACAAAUAUGACGUGGUUUUCUGGCGCCGCCUACUGGCGUAUCGCCUGCCGUCCUCCUCUUAAUAACGUGACCUCUUAUCCCCACAGUGUGUGCUGCGCCGGGAGGUCUGCAACAGGCGACACUACAGGUGAUGCGAUGCCUCAGAAUGGUAUGAACCAUGAGGACAGAAGAGGAGAAACGUGUCAUAUCGCCUGUGAAGCCAGCAGUAAGGUCCCAGACACAGAUAUGGUUAAUGGAGCCAUUGUCCACAAUGGCUGCCCAGCUGCUGCCACCAGAACCAGUGAGAGCAUACCAGCUGGCACACUGAAUGGUACCAAGCCAAAACACAUGGUAAAUGGUUAUGUUAACCAUUGGUACAAAGGCAAGAGUACAAAAGCAACACCUCCAAGGAUCCCCAGAAAAUGUGGAAGCACAAUUUCUGCCCUCAAUGAUGCCUCAGCAGCUGGCAGGGGCCGCAGUGCAAGACCUCAUGGUGGUAUCGCAAUAAACGGAGCCACCGGUCCAGACACCGUGUCUUCACCGUGUAAUUCUGACCGAAUGGCACCACAGCCCAGCAGGUCAGCAGCAUCAAGGAAACCCAGAAGAAGAAAACAAUUCACAUUGAAGAAAAGAGACACUGAAGUCGUCUCGCCAGAGUGCCCUCCACUCCCACCGAUGCCUCCACAAGAAGAGGAAGACUGGGAUAGUGAGAUCCAAGAGGUCACCCUCCCUGACCGGAAAAAUAGCUAUUUUGGCAUCUCACCCUGCGGUCCACAAGAUGUGCUCCAUUUUUCUCUGUGGGAUUUGACGCUCAGGCAAACGGACAGAGUUGACCUGCCUCUGACAGCCCAUUACAGCCCAGCUGUACACCACCGACGCCCCAUCAAAUGGACCUCCUACAGCCCUCCUACUGAGCCUGACCAGUUCGCAGACGCUGACGAGUAAGCCAACGGUUUGACCGGAAGCGAUCUAUUUGAUGUACGCCGACUUGACGACAAACAGCAGUGUCCGACUUUGUACCUGUCAGGAACAAGCCCGGCUUCUCCUAAAACACACAUAUUCAUUCCUGCAGCAACAGCAGGACGGAUGUUCAUCAUCAUCUGCAUCAUCGCAGUGACAUCUGACAGCUGUCGUGCCGCUGGGCCAAUAAGCAGCGGAUGUGGCUGGUGCCCGGCUGCGGGCGGCCCUCUCAAUGGUCUCUCCCACCAUGAAAGCGUUGGUGGAUGCUGUAUGGGCAGUGUGGAGCAUCGGGGCCUCCAUUUAUGACUACAUCAACACCAACGCCAUGGAGGAGCGCAUCCACGCCCUGGAGAACGUCAUCACCAUCCACCAGUGUGUGAUUGGACUCCUGUCCGCAGGCGUAUUGGUACUCUUCACCUACAUCCUUUUCAAGAAGCUCUGAAAAUGUGUGGAGGGGUGGGCUGGGGGUGACAUGGGGGAGGUGGACCGGCCAGAAUCAGACAUAAGUUUCCAGGGUGGUGAAACUAACACUUACGAGAGAGCCAAAGGGGAAUUUUUACACAUUUAGUACAACAGACUGGAGGGUACAUAUAGAAGGGUAUAUGUUAAGGGAGAUGACCGUAAAGGGGAGAUGGCGUAGGAAGACUUACAUGGGCACACUUUCUUAUUCAGACAUGUUGGUAGGAAGGUCAAGAUGGUAAAUAACUUUUAUUUUUUAACAUUAGUCUGUUAUGGGGAAACACAUUGAAUUUUAUGUCCUCUCUUAGUGAUGUAGUACUGGCUGUGGAGGAUGUGAGCAUGUGGAGUUACAGGGUCCAGCUGUUUUUUUAAAGGCUGGUAUAGAUAGUAUUUUUACUGACAGUGACAGAUUUUAUGUGUCAGUACAUCAUUUUUUUAUUUAAACCAACAGUUCAACCCAGAAUAAAAAAAGGUUGUUUU